AUGGCCUCAAAGUUCAUAUAUCUGAUCGGGCUCGUGGGAGCUUUUGCUCCCGCCUUAGGGGCCUCUAUUGAAGGUCUUCGUCAGACAUCCCUUCCGUUAUCGUCGAGAAUCAUCGCCCAGAUGAAUCAAUCUGAUGCCUUCGUCGAAAAUAUUGCUGUCCGCAGUAACGGUGAUCUUGUCGUGACGCUUCUCAAUCCAUCGGCCUCGGUCUAUACCGUGAAGGAGCCAUAUAGUGAUUCUCCGAUUACGUCCCUUGUCCACACGUUUGAAGGUGCCAACGGUACAACUGGGAUUUCCGAGACGAGACCCGAUACGCUCGUCGUCGUAGCGGCACUCAUCCAGGACGCUGCGAUGCCCCUGCCGAACACAACGUGGUUAUGGGAAUUGAAGCUAGGCGACGGAGAUCAGCAGGCUACUGCUCGUAGAAUGGUCCACAUUCCCGAAGCACGUUUGAUAAACGGCAUCAUCUCCGUACCGGGCAGCGACUCUACCGUCUUGGCUGCGGAUAGCCAACUUGGCGUUAUUUUCCGAGUUGACGUCGCAACUAGCGAAUACAAAGUUAUACUUGAUACCCCCGAGCUGAAACUUACUCCCGAAGCAAGUAUCCAACUCGGUGUCAAUGGCUUAAAGGCAAACAACACCUCUUGGAUAUUUCACCAGAUUCGUGACGGAUAUGCGUAUUUGUCUAACUCGAAUCUAUUCUCGAUUUAUCGCUUCCGGAUUGACGAGCAAGGAUAUCCUAUACAGGGCGCCAAGGUUGAGAAGGUCGUCACGAUCGAAGGCGUUUCAUUCGUGGAUGAUUUUACUUUUGAUAGACAUGGAAAUAUAUGGGUUGCGACGAGCAUCAAUAAUACAGUGGUAACUGUUGGGAAAGAUGGUCGUCAGUCCGUAGUGGUGGGUUCACUCACAGAACUUACUGUUGCAGGAGAUAGCUCUCUCGCAUUCGGUAAAACAUCGAUUGAUCAAGACAUUCUUUAUGUCACUACGUCAGGGGCAAUUCAUGCUCCCGUCAACGGUACGAUUACCGAGCCAGGGAAAGUUGUUGCUGUUGAUGCGAGAGGAUAUUACUAG